UGCCCACAAUUCGAUAUUGACGCGCUUAGAACAAUUGGCCAUGAAAAUUGUCUUUUUUUAAAUGUAUACACGCCAAGGGUUUAUUCAAAUGAUGUUAAGUUGCGUGCAGUGAUGGUUUGGAUCCACUAUGGAGCCUUUAUGUCCGGUUCGUUAGACAGCAAAUUUUACGGACCGGACUUUUUGAUUGAGAAAGAUGUUGUGGUGGUCGUGAUGAAUUAUCGUUUGGGUGCAUUAGGAUUUUUGUCAUUAAACCAUGCAAAUAGUACGGGGAAUGCCGGCUUGAAGGAUCAAGUAUUGGCAUUGAAAUGGGUACAGCGGAAUAUUAAAAGUUUUGGAGGAGAUCCGAGAAAAGUAACUAUUUUUGGUGAAAGUGCCGGCGCAGUUGCUGUUCAACUUCAUAAAUUAUCAGGACUUUCCAAGGGACUAUUUAGAGCGUCAAUUGCUAUGAGCGGCUCGCCACUUAAUUCAUGGGGAUUUUCUUCAUCAAAGGAGGCUGAAAAUAGUGCUUUUAGUCUAGGACGUAAACUAGAAAUUAACACUGAUAACAAAGAGGUUUUACUUCAGCAACUUUAUUCUAAAAGUUCUUACGAUAUCGUGAGUGCUACUAAUUGGCUUAUUCCUGACCUGAUGAUUUUAAACGGAAGUUUACCGAUACCAUUUAAGCCAUCAUUGGAAACUCCCAUAAGCCCUAACGAAAGUUAUUUUAUAACCGAAUGCCCAGUGCUCGAGUACAAAAUGAAAAAGUUUAAUCAGGGUCCACAAAUUAUGGGAUUUACCAAAAAUGAGGCGUUAUCAUUUGCCAGGCCUGUUGGACUACUUUUUCAAGUCAUGGGUAAACAAAUGACUGACAAUAUUAUCGAUCCUGCGUCAGAUUUAAAUUUCAUUGCAGGAAUAGACCUGACACAAAGAUAUUUAACAUUUUUCGGUGAAUCACCAGUUUUUUAUUACCGCAAUUCAUUUGAUUAUGAUCAAUCACUACAUAAAGUCGAAGGUCAUAACAAUUUACCUGGUACUGGACAUGCUGAUGAUGUCGCACAUAUUUUUUAUAUUAAAAAUAAAAAUCAACCAACUGAUCCUUGGAGUGACAUUGGAAGGCAUCGGGAGAAAAUGGUCACAAUGUGGACUAAUUUCGCUAAACAUUUAAAUCCGACACCGAAAGGAAAAUCUGACCCGCUUUUAAAAAUAAAAUGGUGGCCAUCAGGAAAAAAAGGUCUCAAUCUUGAAAUAGGAAAUGGAUUUAAAUUGCAAAAGCGGCCAAUUAAUGAAAGAAUUCGUGAAAAAGAACGUGAGAUGAAUCAUUGUAAUUAAUUAUCUGUUAAAUUUAAUUAUGUGUAAUGUAUAUAAAAUAUGAGAGAGAAGAUAACGACGGCUGCCUAUGGUAUCAUCUGAUGUUAUCAAUUGAUAAAACAUAUAUGAUAUUUACA